AUGUCAUCUUUGUGCUGCAGCAACGUCGUCAAAAUGUUUGCCACAGCAGAGGGCCUCCUGACCCAGCAGGACCGUGUCAACAAAGGAAGUGUUCGCCACAAACCUCUUUGGACACUUUAUGCUGGUACUUCAUCUAUCUUAUUUUAUCCUCUCUUACCGUAACAUUUCUCAACACAGAGAGGUUUGACUCAAAUGGAAACAGAGCCUGGAAAUUAAAACAUAAGCUGGUUAGGGCCAGAUGUUUUUCCUAACCUACGUAACCUGACUAGGGCCCCUGUUACAACUAAGGCAUAGGGACUGGCGUUUUCCUUGGUCAGGUCUCAUGGUCACAUGGUGAGGAAAAACGUAAAGGGGGGCUGAACUGAUUUCGCCUCACUUUUCCACGUCCUUAUUAAGAAAUGAUAGAAGCCAUAAUGAGAGUUGUCUUGAGGCUGUGGUAUGAUGUGGGUGUGUUAUGUUCGUUGUGUGUUCCGCUUUACUCACCAUAGUUGAAAUAUCCCAUACAGCCACCUUACUUUCAACAAGGGAUUGCGUGAUUAAUGGCUUUGCAAACGCCGGGUCACGUGCUGCUGUACUCCUAAUCAAUGCUUUUUUGGGUGCUGCCUACCGUACCAGGUAGCGGUCCCGUAGCGGAAACACGUUCUCUGAAGGGAUGAAUCAGCUUCACCAUCUGCCAGUCCGACGGACGAAUCUGGGUUUGGCGGAUGCCAGGAGAACGCUACCUGCCCGAAUUCAUAGUGGCAACUGUAAAGUUUGGUGGAGGAGGAAUAAUGGUUCAUGGUUCGAUCUAGGCCACUUAGUUCCAGUGACGGUCAAAUCUUAAUGCUACAGCAUACAAUGACAUUCUAGAAGAUUUUGUGCUUCCAACUUUGUGGCAACAGUUUGGGGAAGGCCCUUUCCUGUGUCAGCAUGACAAUUCCCCCAUGCACAAAGCGAGGUCCAUACAGAAAUGGUUUGUUGAUUGGUGUGGAAAAACUUGACUGGCCUGCACAGAGCCCUGACCUCAACCCCAUCGAACACAUUUGGGAUGAAUUGGAACGCCGACUGCAAGCCAGGCCUAAUCGCCCAACAUCAGUGACCUCACUAAUGCUCUUGUGGCUGAAUGGAAGCAAGUCCCUGCAGCAAUGUUCCAACAUCUAGUGGAGGCUGUUAUAGCAGCAAAGGGGGGACCAACUCCAUAUUAAUGCCCAUGAUUUUGGAAUGAUACGUUCGAUGAGCAGGUGUCCACAUACUUUUGGUCAUGUAGUGUAGCUAAAUAAAAUUGAAAGGAUGUUUACCCCAAACGAUUUCCGAGGGAAUGCACACAUGCGGCUAUUCUGUGUUGGUUAGCAAAGAAACAGGUCCUCUUAUAUGCUUUAUUUAGUUAUUUAUAAAACUUUAUUUAUGAUACAAAUGUUAGGCUAUAUGUUUAGAUUUUCUAUACAUUCUAAGGCUGCAUGAUGCGACUCUAAUGGUGAGAGGCAUGAGCUCUGCUCUAUUUCUUGCGCAGGCUGCACAGACUUCAUCAGUCUCUCAUUCACAAUUUGACAAGCACUUGAUAAUAUUCUCACCUAUCAGACUAUUCUCAAUCUUUAAUCUGGUCUUUACAUAUAGCCUACUAAUAUAUGUGUGAUUUAGAAUGGCCCACAAAAACAAUAUGUGCGGUUACGUUUUUUAAUAUGCAAGCAUAGGCAGUGCGUCCACAAGGCUAGGGGAAGCUAAGCUUUCCCUAAAGUAAAUUGAAUUAAAUUGCCAAAAUUAUAUAGCCUAAUUAGCCUACUCCUGUUUAUACAUAAAUAAAUGAAAUCAUUCAAAAUAGGCUACUAAAACAUGAUUUGGUCACAGAGGAUCAUUACCUUAUUUUUAAAAAAAUAAGUUGUGGAUUGUUUUAAAUCGUAUUGGCAGAAUUUGGUCAAGUUAUUGUUUAGUUGUGACUGUCUGUGAAAAGUAGCGAAGCCAAGCCAGGCAUAUCACAAUAUCUCAAAAUACAAUCGAGAGAAAACAUAGUUUGGAAAGACUAAUCUGUGUUUCAGUUAUCAAAAGUCUCAAUUUAUCUUAUUGGCACCAGCGUAGAGCAUCGGCCAUAUCCCCGGUGAGUGUGCACUGCGCAUAUUCACUAUUUAUCAUUGUUGGGUCAGUGCUAAUUAAGUUUAUUUUUGGACAAUAAUUUCCUCCUCCAGUUUAGAUGGACAUCAAAUUUUAUUUAUUUGUGUCUGACCUUCUCGUAGGCCUAUUAUAUGGACAACGUCGUUUUUAUUGAUCCGUUUGUCAGUGUCAGCAGAGCAGGCUACCCUGUAAUUUGUCGUAUUAAAAAAGAUUCUGCUAAUGUCUCCAGUCAUAUAAAAUGUAGUAGAAUUGCAUGAAAUGUGUUUAUAAAAGGCCACAUUUUUCCCAUGCAAAGAAAGAAGAAACGUAUCUGAAAUCACCUAGGUCUACGCUGAACGUUUUUUUUUGCAAACAGUGAUUGAGUUAUAUUAUCAGCCUAAAUUAUGACUAUCCAAUCUACUCAUCACAUUAUGAAUAGAGAUACAUAAGUCUGCAAAUGCAAUGAUGCAUGGAAUGCUUUAUUAUAAUAGUGAAAAUGUGCUUCCCCAAACUUGAAACUCACGUGCAGCCCAUAUGUAUGCCAGGUAGGCUACACAGGUUGUAAAGUGGAUUCAUGUGUUUAAUUUUAAGAAUUGACCAAUGAAUAUAGCAGCAUGAGAAAGCUGGGAUCCUUUUUUAAAUAGUGCCCAGUCAAAACUCGGCAUUAGCGACAGGCAGUUAGCAAGUUUGGUAGGCUACUAAUGACCAUCAGCGGCAGCCGAGCGAAGUUUUAGAGAAGCCUAGUUACCGUGACUAAACGGUCAGGUCAUGACUCGUGACCGCCGGUGUGGCGGUAAUACAGUCACCGUAACAGCCCUAGAUGGUACUCAAGAAAUAUGUUGUUUCAUCAUCUUUUCAUGUUUUCAACCGAAUCCAGUGAUUGUCAUGCAUUUUGGGUUGACAAUUAGGCUAUUGUUGUUAUAUUUUACUGUUAAAAUAGGGCUCCAGAAUUUUCAUCAAUAGAGAUUAAUUUGCCUUCAUCUUUAUGUGCACUAAUAUCAUAGGAUAAUUUAUUUGAGGGUAAUUCACCACCUGAGUAAGUGGAAACCCAAAACACAUUAGCUAGAUGUUAUGAUGAGUUUCUAGGGUAUCAAGUGAUUACGAAUGUAAGAAUGUACUUAGACACUUUUGAUGGGGAGUUCAUAUUAGUAUUUAAUAUGUACCAUGGUUAGUUAUAACAGAAUGACAGAGCUUUGCCUUUACCAUCUCCCUAACUCCAGAACAAAGAUCCACUCUCUCUAUAUAUACACUCUGUUACAAGUCUCUCCACGAACAUCUGUUAAUCAUCAUGGGCACUCCCAUUCUUUGAUGUUAUUACUCUUUACCCCAAGUCAGUAUAUCCUGUCCAUCAAUCAUGCUAUCCUAAACAUCAGUAAUCUCCUUUGACAUAACGGAAUGUAGACUCCGUGGCACCAAGCCAAUUAUCUACUAACUCUAACCUGGUCCCCACUAUACUAUGACAUGACAUCAAAACACUUUAAAAACCUCAUAUCACUAGAUUGCUAACUCUAAAUAUAUGAACUGCCUUGAUUAACUAGCGCUUGUAUUUUGUCUCGCCACGCUAGCUAUGCCCUCGUGUGGGUGCUAGCAAGCAAGCUAGGUAGUUCUAGGUAUCAACAGCCAAUCCAGUAGGGGCUGGAAGCUAUAGUGAACUUUGAUUGUUCAAUAGUGCCGUGAUAUCGCAGAGUAUUUGCAUGAAGUUAAGCUUUCCCCAACUUAGAUUCCGCCCUGUUCACACUCCCUUGCCCUAUGGUAAUAUUUUAGCCCAUGCUCACAUCGCCUAAUGGUCCCCUGCCCACUACACUUCUCUCUCAUUGAAAAUAAAUGGCUUCCGUUCUUUCAUCGCCCCCUAUCAGAACCGGUUAACACGAGGCGUAACAAUACAUUUUACGUCCAAAAAAACGUUGCAGUUGUAGCCUACCACUCAAUUUAAAAAAAUGUAUUUAACUAGGCAAGUCAGUUAAGAACAAAUUCUUAUUUACAAUGACAGCCUACACCGACCAAACCCGGACGACUCUGGGCCAAUUGUGCACCGCCCUAUGGGACUCCCAAUCACGGCUGGUUGUGAUACAGCCUGGAAUCGAACCAGUGGGUCUGUAGUGCCUUAGACCGCUGCGCCACUCGGGAGGUCAAUGAGGCCUAUGCAAUCACUAUGACCAAUGUGCUUUUCGCGCACUCCGUAUCUCAAAGCCUUGGUUGUAAAAUAGUUUAUAUUGAUAUUGCGCUAAAAACUGAGAGUUGAGAAAUACAAAUUAUAACUACAAAACAGCUGAGAACCUUUGUUCCACUGUGACAACUGGCUGUGUUUUCCCCGCAAUUGGAUUUUUAAAUGUUAGACAAUCAGAACACUUUUGUUCUUCUCCUGAGCAUUUUUUACCCCGGGAAAGUAGUGGAGAAUUUACUGUUUGACCAAAUCAUAGUUUUAGCCUCCUAAAAAAUAGGACGUUUUGAGUGAGGUGAGCAUGUACAAUGUGCAGCUCGCACCAAUGCGACCAAUUAAAAAUAUUUACUCGCACAGCCAAGUCAAAGGGUCGCAAAAUGCGACUAAAUGGUCGCAGUCUGGAGCCCUGCUGUCUCUUUGGUCCAGGUUAUCUGUCCCUUCAAACAUUGUCAUACUUUACAUCUCUAUGUUCCAGGUCAGGGAGCUAGACUCUAUCCUUUGCCAGGCUGGUCAGACCUCCCGGGUAGUGUGGACUUCGUCCAGCAAUGCCAGACGCUCGGCCUUCAGUCAAGACGAUGUCCAGCACAGACUGGGGACCGAGCCCUACGCGUCCUCCAAGUGUGCCUCCGACCUCGUUAGCCUGGCCCUCAACAGACACAACAACAGCCAGGUGAGCCAAAAUGUUCACUCAGUUACACAUGGCAGCAUUGGGCUAUGAGCCACUGGAGGGUUGUGGCAGAUCCAUUUUGGAUCCUUGCAAGAGAUGUGGACUACGUGAGGUACACACUCAUUCAGUUGCACAUGGCUGUGUUUGUCUAAAGGAUUUAUCAUAUUCCAAAUUUUGCACACGUAUGCACAGCAGUGUUCUAGAAUAUUGGACCGUGGAUUUCAUACUUUUCACAUUCUCAGUGCAACUCAAACAAUUUCUCCAACUGUCAACACAUUCAAAUGAAUAGAGGGGCGUACCGGAGGUUGGAUGGUGGUCUCAAGAGAAGCAUAGCUAUGUCACAAUGGGACGCCGGACUAUCGCGUCUCAGCGUCUGUGGACUAUGGUUUACCCUUAAUCAUAGGUCAGGAGCAACUGGUGGGUUGUGGUGGGUCCAUUCUGGGUCCUGGCCUGGUGAGAGACUGGAUUGUCUAUGCUAGAUCCUAAUGGAGUGCUACCCUCUCUCAUUGUUCAUAGUGUCAAGUUGCAUGACAUUUUAUAUUUAGUAAAACUCUACCUCAAAAGUCAGUACAUGUAUCGGAUAAUCAAUAAUUAGACCUUUUUUUUUUACACGGUUGACAGGGGCUGUCAGUGAUUUGUCCAGGGCUGGUGAUGACCAAUCUUACCUAUGGCAUCCUCCCCACCUUCUUCUGGACCCUCAUCAUGCCUAUCACGUAUCUCGUAAGUUGGUUUUACUCUUUAGUCUUCUUUGUCACUUGUUGUGGUCUUGUGAUUUCAUCAGAAAAACAGAUUCAUAUAGACUUGUAUUGUUACUUAACAUGUUUGUCUUUAUGAACAGAUAAGGAUCUUCACCAACACGUUCACACUGACACCGUACAAUGGAGCUGGAGCAUUGGUAUGUCUCUCAGAAACUCAUCUAAACAGUUCAGAUAUGUAUUAUUUACAUCUAAUAUUAUAUAUAUUUAUUGGCUGGUUUCCCAGACACAGAUUAAAAGCUUAGUCCUGGACUAAAAAGCAUACACAAUACAUUUUUAGUCAUUUAGCAGACGCUCUUAUGCAGAGCGACUUACAGUUAGUGAAUACAUUUUUUUUUUUUAUACUGGCCCACCGUGGGAAUCAAACCCACAACCAUGGCGUUGCAAACGCCAUGCUCUAUCAACUCAGCUAAAUCCCUGCCGGCCAUUCCCUCCCCUACCCUGGGCCAAUUGUGCGCCGCCCAUGAGUCUCCCGGUCGCGGCCGGCUGCGACAGAGCCUGGAUUUGAACCAGGAUCUCUAGUGGCACAGUUAGCACUGCGAUGCAGUGCCUCAGACCACUGCGCCACUCAGGAGAAUGGAGAAUCUACUUUGACAGUGCUUUUUAGCCCAGGACCAGGCUUAAUCUGUGUCCAGCAAACCGGAUGUAUAUUGUAUUUUUUAUGUAAUGUUACCAUCAAUUAACUUGUUUUUACAUUCUGCAUCUUUGAUCUAUUUUGGCAAUUAUUAGAUAUUUUACAGCAUAAGAAUAUUUAAAUAUGAAAUUACUGUGUUUUCUUAGUAUUUUACAGUUAAUUACCACUGCAAACGCCACUGGAUAUUCAUAGGAUUACUGCAUUAUCACUCUAACUAUGCUUAUCUGAUGGGUUUUGUGUGUUUAUCUGGAAGAUGCUUUUACGGUUGAAAACGUCACUCAACAGCUUGAAAUGUUGCUUUAGCAGUAUGCUUAAGGUCAUUGUCCUGCUGGAAGGUGAACCUCCGUCCCAGUCUCAAAUCUCUGGAUGGUGUUCUCGGGGUGAUGAGAGGUGUUGGGUUUGCACCAGACAUAGCGUUUUCCUUGAUGGCCAAAAAGCUAAAUUUUAGUCUCAUCUGACCAGAGUACCUUCUUCCAUAUGUUUGGGGAGUCUCCCACAUGCCUUUUGGCGAACACCAAAUGUGUUUGCUUAUUUUUUUCUUUAAGCAAUGGCUUUUUUUCUGACCACUCUUCCGUUAAAGCCCAGCUCUGUGGAGUGUACGGCUUAAAGUGGUCCUAUGGACAGAUACUCCAAUCUCCGCUGUGGAGCUUUGCAGCUCCUUCAGGGUUAUCUUUGGUCUCUUUGUUGCCUCUCUGAUUAAUGCCCUCCUUGCCUGGUCCAUGAGUUUUGGUGGGCGGCCCUCUCUUGGCAGGUUUGUUGUGGUGCCAUAUUCUUUCAAUUUUUUUAUAAUGGAUUUAAUGGUGCUCCGUGGGACGUUCAAAGUUUCUGAUAUUUUUUUAUAACACAACCCUGAUCUGUACUUCUCCACAACUUUGUUCCUGACCUGUUUGGAGAGCUCCAUGGUCUUCAUGGUGCCCCUUGCUUAGUGGUGUUGCAGACUCUGGGGCCUUUCGGAACAGGUGUAUAUAUAGUGAGAUCAUGUGACAGAUCAUGUGACACCUAGAUUGCACACAGGUGGACUUUAUUUAAAUAAUUAUGCGACUUCUGAAAGUAAUUGGUUGCACCAGAUGUUAUUUAGGGGCUUCAUAGCAAAGUGGGUGAAUACAUAUGGACGCACCACUUCUCCGUUUAUAUAUUUUUUAGAAUUUCUUGAAACAAGUUAUUUGUUUCAUUUCACUUCAACAAUUUGGACAAUUUUUUGUAUGUCCAUUACAUGAAAUCCAAAUAAAAAUCAAUUUAAAUUACAGGUUGUAAUGCAACAAAAUAGGAAAAAAACGCCUAGGAGGAUGAAUACUUUUGCAAGGCACUUGAGUCAUUUUUCAUAAUCUGAUAUGUCAUCCUGUCUUUAACAGCACUCCCUGGAUCCGAGAGCAAAGUACGACAGUUUGACGACAUGCAUGGGGAGCAACUACACGCAGCCUCGACAAGUGAGUGUGUCUUUCACGGUCCUAUUUUAAUCAAAGCCCCCCCCCCCCCCCAAAAAAAAAAAAUAUAUCAUAUUUAAUAGACAGUAAGCAAACAUUAUAGAAAGCUUUUGGAAAGCUAGGCCCCAAGAUAAACAUCUGUAAUAUUAAAGUUGUGAACAGAUUCUAUAUUACUGUUUCGGUCUGAUAGGGUUGUUCUAGCUUUAGGUUUAAAAGGGGUUCUAAGUCAAUGUUAUUUGAUAGAAAAAAAGUAUUGUUAUCUAGCCUUUUUCUCAUGGCUUUGGUGUUUUCUGUUUUUUAAGAUGGACAUGGAUGACGACAUGUCAGAGGCCCUGUAUGUGAAACUGCUGGAAAAUGAAAAAGCUGCUCGUAAGAGAUUGAAAGAGGAGGAUGACAAUAAACAAGCCUACAAAAAGUACCUCAACCAGACAGAGUAG